AUCAUGUCGUCUUCCUCGUUUCCUCCACUCAUCUCCAUCUUCAGCCUCUUCUUCUCCCUCCACUCUCUCUCCACCCUCGCCGCCGAUCACCACGACAUAACCAGAUCCCAUUUCAAACCACCUCACUUCUCUCCCAUCUUCUCCUCCUCUUCCCCAACCGACAACGCCACGUCACCCACCCGCUACUUCGAAGUCAAAAAGCCACCCGUUCCCAACUCUCCUCCAACUCAACAACCACCACCGUUCUCACAUCAUAUCCUCCACCACGACUUCGCCUACACCUACACUAAACCCCCCGUCCUCGCCAACUACACUCUCCCCUCUCACUGCCCCUCUCGCGAAUUCUCAAAAAUCAUCCUCGACUUCAGAUCCACCUCCCAAGGAAGACAAUUCGACCGAAUCUUCGGAGUCUGGCUCGACGGUGUAGAGCUUCUCCGUAGCUGCACAGCCGAGCCUACACGAAACGGCAUCGUUUGGUCCGUCGAAAAAGACGUGACAAGAUACCACUCUCUACUCGUCAAAAACAAAACUCAAACUCUCGCUGUCUACCUCGGUAACAUCGUGGAUAAGACCUACACAGGUGUUUACCAUGUCGAUAUCAUCUUCCAUUACUAUCCACGAGAUGAUAAAACAUCAUCUGGUUAUGAUCAUUAUCACAACUCUCCUCAAGCUGAUAUGAUCGUGCCGAUUUCAAGAAACCUUCCUUUAAACGACGGGUUAUGGUUUGAGAUCUCGAGUUUGGGUGAUUCUAAGUAUAAGGAGUUCAAGAUUCCUAGGAAUGUGUAUAGAGCUGUUCUUGAAGUUUAUGUGUCUUUUCAUGAGAAUGAUGAGUUUUGGUAUGGGAAUCUUCCUAAUGAUUUUAUUACAGCUAACAAUCUUAGUACUGCUGGUGGUAAUGGACCUUUUAGAGAAGUUGUGGUUAGUAUUGACGGUAGAGUUGCUGGUGCGGUUUGGCCUUUUCCUGUUGUUUUCACCGGUGGGAUCAAUCCUUUGCUGUGGAGACCGGUUACAGCUAUUGGCUCUUUUGAUUUGCCGAGUUAUGAUAUUGAGGUGACGCCUUUUUUGGGGAGUUUGUUGGAUGGGGAGGGGCAUGAGGUUGGGUUUAGUGUGACUAAUGCGUUGAAUGUUUGGUAUGUUGAUGCGAAUUUGCAUCUUUGGUUGGAUCAUGAGAAGGAGGUAGUUGAAGGGAAGGUUAUGGAGGUGAGGAGAAGCUCUUUGGAGGUUAGUUAUGUCUCUGACUUCAAGGGCUUGAAUGGGAACUUUAAGACAGAGGCGAAGAGGUUGGUUAGUUUGAGUGGUUUGGUGAAGUCUUCUCAUGGAGAUGUUGUGACCAGUUUUCAUCAAGAGUUAAGGUAUGUGAAUAAGAUGGUUUUGGGUAAAGAUGGGAGCUUACAGAUUAUUGAUCAGUUGAUCCAAGGGGAUGACCGUGUUCACGCCAAGAGAGGUUCAAGAAAAGUCUAUGGAGCUAAAUCGAUCAGGAGGUUUCCUUUUUACCUUUAUUCUGACUCUUUGGAGAAAGAGAACAAUACAUCGUUAGAGGUUGCUAAUGUGACGAUGGGGUUUAAUGAGGAGAGAUCAGAGAGUGAGGAUGGGAUGAUGAGAACAUUCAAGAGCAAGCUGGAGAAUAAGCAAGAAGGGCAGGGAGUUAUGGUGGUGAAGAAUAACAUGGUGGUUAAUGGAUAUGGGGGAACACAACAAGUUUAUGACUAUGUUGGAAGUGACCAGUGUUACUUCAGGAACAUUAGUAGCUUCAACUACAACAUUUUGUAUGACGAGGUUGAAACUGUUUGUAAGAAGAAGACACUGAGGAUGUCUCCACGGCUGGAGUAUCUAACUAGACUACCUUUGGUGGCUUGAUGUAUGAGCUGAGACAUAGACCUCGCUCUUGAAUGACAGUGGAGAAAGAGCCAUCAUAUAAUAAGUACAAAAAUAAGUUUCUGUAUGUUUCUUUCUGUUAUCUUCAGACGAUGUCUCUGGUCACUGGUCAGAUUUGCUGUGUAAACUGUCCUCCCUCAUCAUGUUCUGACUUCUAUGCAAAUAGAACCUGUCAGGUUUAUCAGGGUUUUAUGAUUGAUAACCGGUUAAUUUAAAUUUUUCCAAAGUGGAAGAAGCUCUGUCCAAAACAUUUUGUUGGUUGUGAUGGUAAUAGUCUAAUAGAUACCUGAUUUAACCG